GAGUUCCUGGUUGGAGGUAGGUUUCUGGCCAUAAAAGUCAUGAUCGCCUCUCCGAGGCUUUCCCAACUGGCUCAAGUCUUACUCGUGCAUUGUAUUACCGACAAUCUCAAAUAUUUGAAGCCAUGAGAGGACUUACCUUGAGCGCUAUACCCUUGUGGUGGGCUGCCGGGGCGAUUGCUGCUCCCACCCGGGUACAGGCUGUACCUCCGGCUGAAUUCACACCGAACACGAGGGUUGGCCCUGGGGGAAACAAGUACAAGGACUCGCCUCAUUUCCGCGUUUAUGAUGCCGCGAGCGAUUCUGUCGCUAGCUCUGUUCUACAGACUCUGGAGUCGGCCUACGACUGUUUCGUGACCAGUCAGGGAUGGAGGUCGACGGGCCUAUCAUUCAAUCAGGACAAUGAUAACGGCCCCUGGUAUAAAAUGAAUGUCUACGAUGUAGUAGACUUAGGAGCCAACACUGCUGCCAAUACCGGGACAGAUAGCGCUACUGGCUUAAGUUUUCUAAACGUCGUUACGCAAUGGAUGAAUACAUCCUCAAUUACAGUUCACGAGUUUGGACAUGCCCUCACGUAUGCUGAGAGGUACUGGAUUAAUCAGGGCCGAACAGGGGCGUGGUGGGAGACGGUCGCUAACUUCGUCGCCGAUACGUUUAUAACUUCAUCGAUCUGCGAGGAAUCAAGGGCGCGUUACAAUCAGCCAAGUGGCGACACGGUCAUGAACCUCAACAAGGUUAUAAGCGAUUCCUUUCAGGUUAUCGUGGACGGAUCAAGGGACACCGGGAACUAUUACGAGGCAUGGCCUUUUCUAACUUACAUCACCAACAAUCCGGACAACUAUGCUGGCCUUGGAAUGAAGAAUUUCCCGAACGUAUGGCGAAAAUACAGGAGGGACAGCAACGAAACCCCUCUGCACGUUUUGGAUCAGCUCGCGUCGCCUACUAAAAUCCAAACGAUCGUUGGCCGUUACUGGGCGAGAAUGGCGUAUGUCGAUCUUGGGCAUGAAAAAGCUAGGGUCUUAUUUGAGAAACAGAGGAAGGAGUUCAACUACGCAAACUUGGAUUCCCAGGGUAGUGGCAGGUAUCGGGUCAAGCCAGCUCGACAGCCGCGUUAUAUGGGUGCCAACAUUAUUCCCCUGAAAGCGACCAAAUCAUCGAUCAGCAUCGCCGUGACCGCUACGGCGCCAUAUACAGCUACACUUGCUGUAAAGGGUUCUAAUGGAGCCAUUCGAUAUAUCGAAGUGGUAGAUAACAAGGUCCAAGCAACUUUGGCUAGUGGGGAGGAAGCCACCCUUGUGGUUGUGAACACGCCGAAUACUCUCUAUCUGUAUGAUCCUUUCUCACUUACUAGCGACGUAAGUCGGGGACUGGACUACCAGCUGCAGAUCACAGGCGCAAGUGUUUAAUAGAUUCAAGUCUAUAGAGAGGUAGCCACUAAUGAGGAAGCUUGGUCAUGGACGAAAGGUUAUUCGUUAGCUACAUGUAUCUAAGGUUAUCAUGUAAAUUGGACUUAAUAUAGUCUUACGCAAACCUAGACGAUGUUGAUUGGCUGGCCAACACUACCCGCCCAACCGGCAAUAUGAAGAUAUAUUAAGCCAUGACUCCAGAACGGCACUUCAGGUCGACGGUUUUCCACUAAUAAUAGAA